CACCCCACCACCACAACGCGUCACCCUGCUUUAACCAACUAUACUAUCACCACCACGCCCUCCAUAUGGAACCCAAGGAACUUGCUAUACAAAAUGCUAUUGCAGAUCUAAAUUCUGGUGCUUUUAAGAGCGAGCGAGCAGCCGCUCGUUGGCACGGCGUUGCGCGAUCAACGUUGCAAGGCCGACGGGCAGGUCAACAACCACACGCGAUAGCUCACUCAAAUCAACAGCGAUUAACUCCAGAACAAGAGGCCUUUCUAGUUGAUUGGAUACUUGAAGAGGACUCACGCGCACAACCUCCAUCUCAUCCUCGCGUACGAGAGAUGGCAGCGCGCAUCCUACACAUGAACGGCGACGACGAGCCUCUCGGGCAACUAUGGAUACCCCGUUUCAUCGCCCGCAACCCACGCCUUGAGCUGUUUGAGCGGACAAGAAUGGAGCUAGGGAUACAGUAUGAAGAUAUGUGGAAUGUGGACGAGACUGGAGUUGCACUAGGGGUAGGUACUAAUGCCCAGGUGCUCGCAAGCUCUAUAAAGAAGAAGGCUUAUAUGAAGGCUUACAUGAAGUCUCCAGAGGAUCGCGAGUAGGUAUCACUUUUGGAAACAAUCUCAGCCACCGGCAUCAAGCUUCAAUGCCUGGUCAUCUUCAAAGGCAAGCAUCUACAAUCUACUUGGUUCCCAACCCAAGGCACACCAGAUUGGCUCUAUACCACGUCAGCGAAUGGCUGGACGUCCAACUCAAUCGGCUGUCAAUGGUUACAGCGUAUUUUUAUACCAAAUACUUCACCAUCCUCUGGUGGCUAUCGACUGCUCCCUCUUGAUGGCCAUGGCUGUCGUACACCUAUCGAAUUUAUGUGGCUCUGCAA